UUUCUUAGCACGCGAGAUAAGCAUUGCCUGUCUUGAGCGCCCAGCCGUGCGGCAUAUUGUUGCGCUGAUCGCGAGACCUGGCAACAAGGAUGCGUAGGAAUUACUGUCGCCAGACGCGCCGUGAAGGUACAUAAUCAUGUAGGACGUACCGCUCGAACUCUUGAAGCUCCACCUCGGUCUGAACUUCUUAGAGUUACUUCAUCCUGUAGUCAUCACAUACCGAGCCGCUAGUAUGUCUAUCAUGGCCUCAGGAUCAACAAAGUCCCACGGGCUGUCCAAGAGCGCACGCAGCGGCAUCAUAGCUGCAGUAGUCAUCAUCGUCGGCCUUUUCUUGCUCUUGAUUGUCUGGUUUCUAUGGCGCAACCGCAAGCUGAAGUACACCGAAUCCUUGGCAGACGCAAAUGCCGAAGAGGGAAUCAGAUCGUGGCCGACCAAGUGGCCCACAAGAAAGACUGCUGGAGCAGACGCAUCAUCAAGAAACGCUACAUACAGACACGGUGAGGCGGUCGAGCUCGCCCCUCCGUCUUAUGAUGUUGCUCAACCAUUGCCAACAUACGAGCCGCCACAAUCAAAUCAAGGUCGACCGGAAUCUUAUGAACUGGCAACAAUGCCACGCGGACAUGAGACGAUCCGCCAGGGUGUGUAGUGUUGUGUGUUCUUCUUGCCACGCCUUCCUCCCUUCCUCCUGUACAAUAGCUCCACCUUUCCUUGACUUGCCGCAAGAGCUCAUGACCACUCGCACGAACACAACUGUUGACCUGAUAUCUGAACCUAUCC